AAUAUUAUGACAAUUUUGGGUCAAAUUAAGCAGAUGUAUUGAGACAAUUACAAGCAAAAGAUUAAUCUCUUAUCCUUUCAAAAUUCAAACGAUACAAGGAAUAUCAGACACUCAUCUUUGCCAAACCGGUUUGUAUAUAUAUUGGUGAGGAUGCUUAACAUAGCCCAGGCAAUAACAGAACCAAAUUAAGGAGAAAUGGUGAAGGCUAUCAGGGUUCAUGAAUAUGGUGGACCUCAGGUCCUGAAGUGGGAAGAUGUUGAGGUAGGGGAGCCAAAAGAGGGAGAGAUACGAGUUAAGAACAAAGCCAUUGGGGUUAACUUCAAAGAUGUUUAUUUACGCACCGGCCUUUUUAAGGCUCUUACAUUGCCCUUUACGCCAGGUCUGGGGUGUACAUUUUUUCUGUUUCUAUUGGUUAAAACCGCGCAGAGACUUAUCUUCUACAGUUGCAGGCAUUGAAGCCGUUGGAGAGGUGAUAGCUGUGGGGCCUGGAGUAACUGACCCAAAAAUUGGAGAUCUUGUAGGUUAUGUUUUUGAACCUAUAGGCUCAUAUGCUGAAGAGCAGAUUCUCCCAGCAGAUAGAGUUGUUCCUGUUCCUACUUCUAUUGAUCCUAUCAUUGCAGCAUCCAUCAUGAUGAAGGGUAUGACGGCACAGUAUCUGGUUCGCCGCUUGUUCAAGGUAGAUCUCGUUGACACAUUAAUGUACCAACAACCUCUUCCAUAGCUUGUUGCUUUUCAAAAAAACAUCAUGCAUGCAUUUCUGUUUUAACAGGUUGAACCUGGACAUGUAGUCCUUGUUCAUGCUGCAGCAGGUGGAGUUGGAUCUCUAUUGUGCCAAUGGGCAAAUGCACUUGGCGCCACUGUUAUUGGAACUGUCUCAACUGAAGAGAAGGCUGCUCAAGCCAAGGAAGAUGGAUGCCACCAUGUCAUAAAAUACAAGGAAGAGGACUUUGUUGCCCGUGU